GGUGGGGAUGGGUGGGGUGGGCAAGACCACCCUUGCUCAACUUUUGUAUAACGAUGGCAGAUUGGAUGGGCACUUUGUUAAGAAAGCAUGGGUAUGUGUCUCUGAUGUAUUUGAUGUUUCAAGGGUCACAAUAGCAAUUGUUGAGGCAGUCACUGAGAAGGCUUGUGAUACAAAGGACCCAAACUUGCUUGCGGUCAAGCUGAAGGAAUCAUUGAGUGGGAAAACGUUUCUUAUUGUCUUGGAUGAUGUUUGGAACGAGAACUAUGACAAUUGGAUAGCCUUGAUGACUCCUUUCAAAUUUGGAGCACACGGGAGUAAGAUUAUUGUUACAACGCGCAAUGAGAGUGUUGCAACUAUCAUGCAAACAGUUCCUAUUCAUGGUUUGAAGAAAUUACCAGAGGAAGAUUGUUGGAAAUUGUUUUCCAAACAUGCAUUUGAGAAGGGAGAUUGCAACGAACAUCCUAACCUUGAAAGGAUUGGUAGGAAGAUAGUGGGAAAAUGUAAAGGUUUGCCUUUAGCUGCAAAAACAUUGGGUGGUCUUUUGCGCUCCCAACGAGAUGUUAAAGAUUGGAACAACAUACUGGAAAGUGCCAUAUGGGAAUUAUCGGAGGAGAAGAGCAACAUCCUUCCAGCCUUAAGAUUGAGCUAUCAUUAUCUCCCCUCCCAUUUGAAAAGAUGUUUUGCUUUCUGUUCUGCAUUUAUUAAGGAUUAUGAAUUCGACAUGCAGGAAUUAGUCUCAAUUUGGAUGGCGGAAGGGUUUUUGGUGAAACCCAAGAAUCACAUGACAGUGGAAGAAGAAGGUUAUGAGUGCUUUCGCGAAUUACUUUCAAGGUCAUUUUUUCAAAUAUCUAAUACUUAUGAAUCUUUGUAUGUCAUGCAUGAUCUUGUUCAUGAUUUAGCUCAACAUGUGAUGGGAGAUUUCUGUUAUAGGCUAGAGGAUGACAAGCCAUGCGGUACAUCUGAGAAUGUACGCCAUUUCUCUUAUUUUGGAUGUAACUUUGAUGGCGUUGAUAAGUUAAAGGUAAUUAAGGAUGCUAAGUGUUUGAGGACUUUCCUUCAAAUAGACCCUAAAACCAGUAACAAAAAGGUGUGGUUGAGCAAAAAGGUGUGGUUGAGCAAUAAGGUGUUGGAUGAGAUUAUUUCAGGAAUGCCACGUUUACGGCUGCUAUUUUUGCCGCACUAUAAGAUGGAGGAAUUGCCUUAUUCAAUUGGCAAAUUGAUCCAUCUACGCUUUUUAGACCUCUCCCACAGUUCAAUCACUCAGUUGCCUGAAUUCGUCUGUACACUGUAUAAUUUAGAAACAUUGUUGUUAGUUGAUUGUUAUUCGCUUACAACAUUACCGGCAGAUCUUGGAAAACUUAUUUCAUUGCGUCGUCUUGAUUUAUGUAUGCGUAUUGAUAGAAUCAACUUAAAAGAGAUGCCAGUGAGUAUAAGUAGGUUGAAAGAUCUCCAGCGAUUAACUGAUUUUGUAGUGGGAAAUUGCAGCGGGUCAGGUAUUAAUGGUUUGAAAGAGCUUAAUAGUCUUCAUGGAGAAAUCACCAUCUCGGGUUUGGAAAAUGUUACAAGUGUUGACGACGCAUCGGAAGCAAAGUUGAAGGAGAAAAAACACCUUAAAAGGUUAACUUUGGAAUGGGGUAGCACUACGGAGGAUUCACAGAAGGAAAGAGAUGUACUUGAAAACCUAGAGCCUCACACAAACUUGGAGAGACUUACGAUUACAAACUAUGGAGGCACAAGAUUUCCUAAUUGGUUAGGAGAUAAACCAUUUUGCAAUAUGGUGCAUUUAUCGUUUGAAAAUUGCGAGAAUUGCUUUUCCUUGCCACCACUCGGCCAAAUGCGUUCUCUUGAGUUAUUAACGAUAAGCAAUUGUCCAGAAAUUGAGACUUUUCCGGAAGGGGGUCUGCCCUCCGGAUUAGCUGGUCUUUCCAUCUGGAAGUGCAAGAAACUGAAGUCUCUGCCAGAACAAUUGCACACCCUCCUCCCAUCUCUUCGCUCAUUAGAUUUAGAUGGCUGUCCAGAAAUUGAGUCUUUUCCGGAAGGGGGUCUGCCCUCCAAAUUAGUUUAUCUAAGUAUCAAUAAUUGCAAGAAACUUGUUGGCGGCCGAAGAGAUUGGGGUUUGCAAACACUAUCCUCUCUCACAAACUUUUCUCUGGACGGUGAAUCAGAUGUGUUGGAGUCGUUCCCUGAGGAGGGGCUGCUGCCCCCCACUCUUACAGAUCUCAGGUUCAGAGAUAUGCCGAAUCUUAAAUCACUCAACGGAAGGGCCCUUCAACUUCUCGGCUCUCUCGAAUACAUGGAUAUUUGCAAUUGCCCUCAGCUCCAAUCCUUGUCGGUGGAGAGGCUUCCCACUUCCCUCUCAGAGCUGAUAAUUUGGCGCUGUCCGUUGCUGGAACCUCGUUGCCGCAGGGAGGAAGGAGAGGACUGGCAUAAGAUUGCUCACAUCCCGUUUAUAAAAGUCGCUGGUAAAGUAAUCAGUGAAUAAGUCUAUCCACGGUAUACAUGUGGGAAGGGGAAACUAUAAGCUAUUCCCACUCAGAUUAGGCGAAGACCGCAACUUUCCAACGUCCUUAUUUGGUUUUCAAUUUUCGGGGUUUGGAAGUUUGCUGACUGGUAGCGAACCGUUGGAGGCAUAUACAGCUAUGCAGGUUGGUAUUCUACUGAGCAUAAGCGCUUGCAGAAUCACAAAAUCUCAAUCAUGGCUGUUAUCUGAGAAGAGCUUUUGGUCCGGUUGCAUUGAGUGGCUUCUAAAAGCUGGUGGAUCUUGGGUGGCCAAAAUUGUAUGAAAAGUGAUGGCAGAUCAUCUAGGCCGUGUUUGGAUUAUGACUUUGUGAAGGAAAGCGCUCGUAUCGCUUUGGCAUUACAUGAUUGUGAUCAAACCAGUUUUCGGUGUGUGACAGGGAGGAAACAAAGUUAGGCGUAUAAGUCCGAGCCCUGAGGUGCUGCUACCUUUAUCUCUUUGUCUCCAGUCAUCAAUAUUUUCUUGGAUUUCUGCUUUUAUCGUCCAAUUUCUAUGAGCUGGAGUGGAAUUUGUAUGGGUGUACUCUGUUUUGAUUUUAAUUCUUUUGCAGCAAUUAUGUAGUAGCCCCUAUUGGCAUUUUAAUGUUCUACUUACAUUUGUUACUUGCUUUAUAUAUGAGAAA